AUGGGGACCAUGUUGUUGAUGUGCCUGUUGUUGCUGUCGUUGACGAGCGUGGGAGACGCGGUUAACACUGCGCGCGUGGUAGUACCUGACAUUGCAGGCAUGAUCCACCCAUCGACGUCUUCCACUAGUCGCCACGUGAAGUUUGGAGGCUUGGAUUCUGCCCCUACAGCCUACGAGUUCAUGGCUCCAUCCGACUCCAUUGUGUGCAGUGACGCUCGACUGUGUCUUCAACUGAAGAUCUCUUCGAUAUUCGAGACCGAUCCGUUCUUCCUGCACCAAUACGACAGCAAUUAUCCUAUAGCAUCUGCUACAUUCGACAUGCACGAUUCGUCGACCAUUCUACCGUUGAUACCAGGAGGUACUGAGGUUACAACGUGGUGGUUCCAAACGAACACAACAGCAACGGGGCCGCCAAAGAUUAUCGGCUGGAGACCAGUUACUCGUGGUUAUAAGGGUUCAGUUAAAGGAUGUACGCACAAUAACGAGUUCGAUUGA